AUGAACCGAUUUAUUUUUGUAUUUGCUGCUAUUUUAUUUGCUGCCAUGGUACCUAAUGGUGAAGCGUACCCUACUACGAAAAGGUGCGGCGGCUGUGGCAAUUGGGAUCAUCCCGAUUCCGUUUCCGUAACCCCUACAACCGACGC